AUGAACGAACCCAUGUCAAGUAACAGAAGUGAUGAGGAUGAAGACGAUAUAUCUCCAAGAAAGAGAAAGUCGGUUAAGUCAAAGCUACAGGAAAGAGGCCGUCCUCGUCGAGGAGAAUUGCAACAAGACGGGACACGAACAAUUGCAAAUGCAAGACCAAAAGCAUGGACAGCAUCAACAAUCCCCAACGAAGCCAAUCCCAGUUACCAAACCGUCAAGCGAAAGUCAAGUAACAGAAGUGAUGAGGAUGAAGCCGAUGUAUCCCCACAAAAAAGAGAGUAUAAGACGUCUACACAAGCUUCAGAAACGUGGAUUGGAAAAGCGUCCCAGAGAGGAACCAAAAAGACUGAGAAAACAUGUCCAGAGCGUACAACAUGUAGCGUUGGCAUGGAAACUAAUAAUAUCAUUCCAGACUUACAAGACUUCAAAUCAUAUACGGACCCCCAAGAUACCAAAGUUGAUCAAUCGUCAACACAACAACGGCAGACCUGUUAUGCCAUUCGGCGGUUUCGCCCCCUGACAAAUUUACACAACAACUGCUGGUUCAAUGCGAACAUACAAGCAUUGAUUUCGACAAAUGCAGCUGUUGAUGCCCUAUUGGAAGUCCCUGAUGAUGAAUGGGCAAAUCACAAAGACAUGGAAAUCAGCCGUUUUCUGAGAAGAUACAAGAAAAACAAAGUCCUCAAAAAAAAAAAGCACACACGAUCAUUGCUGCAGGUACUGUCUUCACGUAAGGAGGGGUCACUCAUAUAUGGGCAGCAAAAUGAUGCACAUGAGUUCAUCUCCUUGCACUUGGGGCCUAUGAAGUCAAAUAUUGGAAUGAACACGAUUGGAGUGGAGCAGUGUGUACUUUGCACGACUUGCAAUGAAAGAACACAAAUAAGGAGACAUGAAUUCACAGAGAUAAUUGUUCCUGUACUGAGUAAUGCAGAUAAAAUUAGUUUGCAGAGGGAAGUGGACAAAAUGACGAAGGAACCAGACCUCAUAGAACGCAGAGAUCCAUGUGAAAAGUGUAGGAAUUUUUCACAACUUUCAACUCAGAAGAAGUUAAAGACAGUUCCUCAGUGUUUAAUUAUUGUUAUGCAGAGAAACAAAAGCCAAGGAAAGAUGUUGGCAUCGGUGGAACCCUCAGACAAGAUAUUCAUGACCUAUUUAAGGGGGACAGAAAAUGAUGAAGUGAUGAGCAUUUACCAGUUAAGGUCGGUAAUUGUCCACAAGGGAGACACAUGUGAUGUUGGACACUAUGUUACAAUGGUUAGGAAAUCCACUGCAAAGAAUGGUUGGAUACUUUGUGAUGACCACAUCAUAGAAAAUGCACGGCCCCAGGACAUAGCUGCAGUCUAUGAUCAAAGCUACAUAAUCAUGUAUGAUAACACCACUCCAAUACAACAAGAAAUAUCACAACGCGUUACAAGUGACUCUACCAGCCAUGGAACACCAAAUUCGGAAAAUGGAGCUGAGAAGAGAAGCCCACUGAAGAAUGUAGCGAGCAGUCCUUAA